GCGGUGCUAGAGCUGUUCUCUACCUAAACUUAUUCCCGAGCUCCAAAUUCCAGCUGCACCUCCAACUGCGGGUUUGCUAUUGCGCCCGCAUUUUUGUCUACAGCAAUCAAUUCACUGCUUCAGCGAGCACCCAAUUCACGAUUCGGCGCCUUCACUAACUUUACUAUAAAAGCGAUCACCUGUCCGUGCCAUUGCUCUACCUGCAUCCUCGGUUCACGUACCUUCAACAACCAACAACAUCGGUACCCAGCAUUGCGCUCGAUCCUUGACUCGCCAUUUCAUCUACAUGCUUCAGUCAAUGUCGUGCAAAAGCCGACCGCCUCCGGAAUGCUGUUACGACUACCUAAGAGCCUCCAUUACCCUCUCACAAUCACCAAGGUCGAGAAACGCGUAGGCGAGUUCAUCGCUCGCAAUGAUGGCCUCUUCCUGUACUCGUAUACCACGAAAGUGACCGAAGGUAGCCGCUAUGACGACGAAGAGAAAGAAGUAGAAAAGAAAUUCGUCACCCAUUUCCCGAGCACCCUUGAAGGUACAAUCAAGGGGUGGAGGGUAUGGGAGGGCGAUGUCUUGACACAGCCAGUUGAUAUAUGUGAGAUCGAGGAGGAAUGUCCGCAUACUGUACAAUUCCUCGGCAUGUGUACCAAUUGUGGGAAGGACAUGACAACUGUCCAAGCAGACAGCGAGACCUCCGAUAUAGAUCGCGCACCUAUUCGCAUGGCGCAUGAUACUCCACAUUUGACCAUCAGCAGGGAAGAAGCAAGCAAAAUAGACGAAGAAGCCAAACGUCGCCUACUAUCCUCUCGCAAGCUGUCAUUAGUGGUGGACCUUGAUCAGACAAUCAUACAUGCUGCUGUCGAUCCCACGAUAGCUGAAUGGAUGAAGGACAAAGAUAAUCCUAACUAUGAUGCUGUCAAAGACGUACGCUCGUUUCAACUCCUCGAUGACGGGCCUGGUAUGCGGGGAUGCUACUACUAUAUCAAACUGCGACCCGGACUCGCCGAGUUCCUCGACCACAUCUCACAGCUGUACGAAUUGCAUAUCUACACUAUGGGUACGCGCCAGUACGCCCAGCAGAUCGCCAACAUCGUCGACCCGGAUCGAAAGUAUUUCGGCGACAGAAUCUUGAGUCGAGACGAAAGUGGAAGUAUGGUUGCCAAGAAUCUUGAGAGACUCUUCCCGGUCGAUACAAAGAUGGUGGUUAUUAUUGACGACCGAGGCGACGUCUGGAAGUGGAACGCCAACCUCAUUCGGGUCACCCCAUUUGACUUCUUCGUGGGCAUCGGUGAUAUCAACUCCAGCUUCUUGCCCAAGAAGGAAGAAAUACAAGGCACACCCAAACCAGAGCCCGAGAAAGCAACAGAGAACGGUACGAAGAGCAAGGAAAACGGCGACAAGGAAUCAAACGGGACUGCGGAGGAUGAAGCUUCGACAAAUGGUACCUCAGCCCUAGAGCAGCUCAUGGCAAUGAGUGGUGGAGAUGAUCCAACUGUACGGGAGCUGCAGAACAAGGGCCAGGAGGAACUCAUUACCUCCCAAUUGGAAGAGAAACCUCUCCUCAAGAUGCAACUACAGCAGGACGAGAAAGAUGAAGCUGAGGCAGUGGCCAAUGGCGAUCCCGCCGCUCCUCAGUCUACUGAAUCCGACUCGGGUGAUUCCUCUGACUCCUCAGAGACGAGUGGAUCAGGCACACCAAAAGGAAAAGCGCGCCACAGCAUUUUGAAGAACGACGACGAAGAGCUCAUACAUCUCGAGUCUACUUUGACCACGGUGCAUGCAGCAUUUUUCACUGAAUAUGAUCGCAAACGACUGGGAGGGAAAGGUGGUCGGGUUGCAGCCCUUACCGGGAAGCGAAAAGCACCUCUACCAAACGCCGAGCAUGACGACAGUACGCCCGUGGACUUGCUGUUUGUGCCCGACAUCAAGACAGUAAUGCCGGCCAUGAAAUCGAAAGUCUUGUUUGGUGUUACCGUUGUGUUCAGUGGUGUCUUACCUCUGGGUACUGACAUACAGAAUGCGGACAUCAGCACUUGGGCGAAGAGUUUUGGAGCAAAGAUCACUGACAGAGUGUCGCGCGAGGUGACGCAUGUUAUCGCCGCCCGACCUGGUACGGCCAAGGUCAAGCAAGCAGUAAAACGUGGCAUCAAAGUGGUUGGAACUGCUUGGCUGAUAGAGUCAAUGCAGCAGUGGCGCAAACUGGACGAGAGGCCCUACUUGCUGGAAGGUGCUGGGGAUCAGAGACUAGACCCGUCCAGUGAGGCGGGAGAACAAGUCGACAAGCCUAAUGACGCUGCGAACGACUUCCUCCUCGAGUCUUCCGAAGGCGAGUCCACAGGUUUCGAUACAGAGGACGAUCAGCCAGCAAAGAAGAAAUUGAGAUUAGACGUCAACAAUGACGCGAAUGCAGCAACUGAAGAAUCGGAAGAAUUCCUCGAUGAUGGCAGUCCGAUCACCAUCAAUCAAGACGAAUGGGCGGAUAUCGAUGCCGAGUUGAAGGAAUUCAUGGGUAGCGACGUCGACAGUGAGAGUGACAACGACUCGGUGUCAUCAGCACUUAGUGUCCGGGAACGUCGCGUUAACAAGAGGAGACGAGAUGAGGGCGAAGACGGCGACCAAUCGGGCAGUGACGCGGAGCGGCCCCCAGUAGCGAAGAGGAACGGCACUGGAAGUGCCCUCAAGACUGUUGCUAAUGUCAAUAGCGAGCCGGGUACGGAAACGAACACUCCGAAUGUCAACGACACAGAAGAGCAGAUCCGGGAAGAACAGCGAGAAGUCGAGGAAGCACAGGAACUGGAGGAAGCAGAAGUAGAGGACUCGGAUGACGAACUAGCCAGGGAACUGGAGCGCGAACUCGAAGAGGCCGAUGCUGAGGAUGAGCUCAAAGCUUAAAAUGAUAACUGAGCUUGAUCAUGCCCCUUUUGGUUAUGAGAAGCUCUUUGGGCCUGAUCUCAGUUGAAUGUGGUUAGCAUUUGGCGGUGAUUGAUUUCGCAUAGCGAGGCGUCUGGCUGAGGAUUUGGGGCGUGAAAUGCAUUGGCAGGCGUGGUCAUGUAUUCUGGAUAUCAUGGCAUGGCACAUGCAAUUGCGGACUCACAGCGCGCAUAUUAUGAGCUUCUGCACAAUGGGCUUGA